AUGGAAAAAUGUAAAAAAAUUUUAACUGAAACUAUUAUAUGGCCAUCAAAAUAUAUUGAAAUAUAUAAAAAUUGUUCUAUUAGACUUGGAAGAAGUGGUAUAUUAUAUGGUCCUAGUGGUGUUGGAAAAAGUUAUCUUGUUAGAGCAUUAAUAAAAAAAUCUAAUCUUUAUACAAUAAUUAUUAAAGGACCAGAAUUAUUAUCAAAAUAUAUUGGUAGUAGUGAAGAGAAUGUUAGGAAAAUUUUUGACAAAGCAAGACAAAAUAAACCAUGUCUUCUUGUUUUUGAAGAGUUUGAUGGAAUAGCUCCAAGGAGAGGUCACGAUUCAACUGGUGUAACUGAUCGUGUUGUAAAUCAACUUUUAACUGAAAUUGAUGGUGUUGAAAGUUUAGAUGGGGUAUAUAUUAUUGCAACAACAUCUAAAAUUAAUUUAAUAGAUCCAGCACUUUUAAGACCAGGAAGAUUAGAUUAUAAAAUUGAAUGUAAAUAUCCUACACAGGAGGAAAGAGUUUCUUAUUUAAAAUUAUAUAUACCAAAAAUGGGAAUGAAAUUAAAAAGUAAUAUAAAUAGUGAUAAAGAAGACAUAGAGAUACAAGAUGACCUAAAUAUUUUGGGAGAAUGUAUGGUUAAUUGGUCUUUUGGAGAAAUAAAAGGUGCCCUUACAAAUACUUACUUUAUGGCCUUGAGAAGAGUACAUAUCAGUGGAACAAGUAACAUUAAUAAUGAGACAUAUGAAGAUGAAACAAUAAUAAUAACAAGAGAUGAUAUAGAAAAUGCUAUUAAAGAAAGUAUCCCAAAAAGGUUAAUGUUAUCAUUAGAUGGAUAUCAAAGUUAUUUAGGAGAUGAAAUCAAUGUCAAGACAGGUUCAAAAACAACUUUAGCAUAA